CUCAGAACAAGUUGAUGUUAUUAGAUUACUGAUAAUCCUGUGUUUCCUCUAAAGCUCUGAGCAACACUCUCUUCCGUGUAGAAGGCCAUCGGAGAUAUUUCUAUGUCUCAUAUUCCAGAAUCUGAGGCAGCCAGGACCCCAGAAACAGAAGGGACUAAAAGUCAUUCAGGGACAAAACAUAAAAGUGGGGGCGACACCGGAGGCAGAAAAAGCACAACAGGGGGCCAUGAUGGAGCCAAAAAAGGUACGAGUGGUGGAAGCCAUGACAGGAAGAGUCCACAAAGUGGGCAUGAGCACGGGCAUCAUGCCAGUGGGAGAAAUCAUCAUAAAGGCAAAAGAUUGAGUGACACCCAAAGCAUUACAACCAAGACUUACUCACCCUUUUUGAAUGCACUUUUCAGCAAGGUAUGUAAAGUGUGUGUCUGUUUUUGUGUAUUUGUAUACAAGAUAUGAGUAGAAUUAUACCUGCAAGACUUUGGAAAGAACGUUUUACUUUUUAAUUACUCAAACAUAUUAUAUAUAUUGAUUAGGCAAAACUAUACAUUUUUACAAAAUACCAAGUCGUAUAUGUAUGUGUUUAGGAAAACCUGAAGACAUACGACAAAAAUGGCACAACACAUACCCAUACCUCCCAAGUGUACCUAUAGUAACAGUCCCUUUUUUCUAACCAAAUGUCCCUAAUGUUUUGUAGGAGCGCUGUAUUCCUUAUGUGUUAGAGUGUAUUAUAGAGCUUAACAGUAAUAGUGUUCACAGUAAUGUGUCUUUUUACAUUAUAAUACAUGUGCUUAGAAAUAUGUCUGUGUAAAUAGAUACAUUGAUAUUGUACUGAUUUAUAGUUUAGUUGCAUAAAUUGUUAGUAAAAGUUAUCAGAACAAGGUACACCUUUGUUCAUGUCCCACUCACACUACUAAUGUUAGAGUCUCACAUUGUCCAUUUGAAAUGUUGGAAGGUAUUUAUACCCACCAACAGAACAUGAGGCUGAUACAAAAUUGAUUAGGUACCACUAUAAGUACUGUCACAAAAUUUACAUCAAUAGUGGAGUAUGAAAAGACCUAGAAACAGCAUAAAACAAACAUGUAAGGUCAAAACAGCAUCAACUUUUGUAACAAUAUGUUGUCUCUAUUUCUUUAUUACUCAGGAGAGAGAUUUGGCUCCAGAAGAAAUGGACGGUGAGUAUUUGACUGUCUUGAUGUAACUAAAUACAUGGAUAAGUAGAAAUAUAAGAGAAACAGAGCAGCACUGUUUUGUCAUGGUUUUCCAACAUCAUGAAGUUGAAUAAAGACAGAGGUUCAUUGAUAAACCCUUAGUGAUGCAGGAUGUGCUAUGAUGUCCUAUAAAAGGUGGGCUUUAACAUUGUAGGGCGUAACCAAGAUGAGUACCCCUCCCCCAAUGGCCCGAAUACUCACCCUCUUCGGUGAUUGCGAUCGGGAGGUCCUGCCUGGCCCGAUUACACCACCAUAACAUGACAUGGAUCAAUGGAUUGGCAGAUUAACUGCAAGAGGACCGCCUGUGUUGUCAGGCAGAUCCCCUAACUUAUAAUUCAUAUUUUAUUAAUUAUAUAUAUUAAUUCUAAGUGUAUUUUGAUAUUUUUAUAUAAUAAUUCUAAGUGUAUUUAUAUAUGGAAUUAUAUAUAUCAACAUUAAUGUAUAAAAUUUUAACAUGUUUGUUUUGUUUUGGUCAGAAGGUGGACAUUUUGCCUCUGCCUUAAAAGGUUAAGGACGGCUGCAAUUAUUGUUAUGCAUAAGUUCUGAACCAGAAAACAAACAAAAAACAAACACUAGAAUUUGAGCUAUAUGUUUGUUCCACCAAAAUGUACCUCUUUCGUAUUAAGUGCAUUCACGUAUAUUCUAUGCAAUUUUGUUCAGGAGAAAUAGGGCUUUUAUUUCACAUCAAAUAUAUUUCUAUAUGGAACACAAUUUAAUCUUAAAAAGUGUGAGAAAUUAAGAAAUGUUACAUGGUACAUGGCAUUAACUGUGAAUGUCAUAAUACUGUUAGCUUUUACUGCAAAAAAAAAAAAAACACACAUAUUCAUAUGCUGUGAUUCAAUGAGUACAAUGAUACCCCUCACGCACAGGUGUCACGUGUUUUGAAAAUUUACAUAAUCCCAGAUAGAGCUUGUCCAUUUCAGUUUUUACAAUUUAAAAAAACAAAAAAACAUUUAAUUGGUUUUCAGUUUGGUACAAAUUGGUGUUUAGUAAAUAAAGUCAUACAUUGCUGUUUUUUCUUUGUAUUAUGUUAUUCCUCUUACUUGAUGCGUCUAAAAUUAGCUUCCAAUCUUUCUUCCGUGCGUAUUCGAUCUCACUUGUUUUUUUUUUGUUUCAUCUCUAUUUCCCACUUCCUGUAUGUCUUAUUUCCUGUAUGUCUCUCAGUUUUUAUUAAUUUCCUGUCUGUCAAUUUCCUAUAUGUCAAGUGCCACAAAAUGUGUUUCAUACUAAUAAUGUUUCUUAAAUUACGUACUAUUAUUUGUAGUUUUCCUUCUGAUAAGAGGCUAUUGGUGUUAAACUAUACUAUAAAAAUAUGUUUUCAUUUAUAAAGCAUGAUAUGAGCAAAUCUGCCCCCCUAUCUUUCCUAUUUUCAUGUGUUUCCAAAAUGUUCAGAUGCAAGUCAUUUCCAAUGGACCAAUGACGUGUUAUGCUGUCGUCAUACUGUGGUUCAUAAACAUCAUAAGUCAGAAUGAAUGUCCUGCAGACAUGUAAAGUCCCGCUAUCAGGGAAUAAGUGGAAUGCUCAAUUCUCUAUAGAAUCUUCAAAAGGUGGUUUGUUAUUAAAGAGUUAUGCUGCCCUUGGUUCUUAAGGGGUUAAUCCGUGUAGGUUUACUUCUAACCAAAAAAUUACUUAUUUUCUUUAAAGUACCACUAUAGGCACCCAGACCACUUCAGCUUAAUGAAAUGGUCUGGGUGCAAGGUCCAGCUAGGUUUAACCCUUUUUUCUAUAAACAUAGAGGUUUUAGAGAAACUGCUAUGUUUAUAAAUGGGUUAAUCCAGCCUCUAGUGGCUGUCUCAUUGACAGCCGCUAGAAGGCUUCCGCGCUUCUCACUGUGAUUUUCACAGUGAGAAGACGCCAAUGUCCAUAGGAAAGCAUUGUGAAUGCUUUCCUAUGGACUGGCUGAAUGCGCGCGUAGCUCCUGCCGCGCAUGCGCAUUCAGCCGAGGAGGAGAGCAGGAGGAGGAGAGUUCCCCGCCCGGCGCUGAAGAAGGAGGUAAGUUUAACCACUUCCUCCCCCCAGAGCCUGUUGGGAGCGGGACCCUGAGGGUGGGGGCACCCUCAGGGCACUAUAGUGCCAGGAAAACACUAUAGUGGUCCUUUAAGUUGUUGACUAUAUACAGACAUACAGUUUGUCUAACAAAUGUCAGAAUAAUGAAUUGUGUAUGUUGAUAUAGCUCCUUGUACAACAUAAGCUUUUCACUAAAACAUUUUGUAAUGUCUGAUCUUGAUGGAUUGCUAAUAUGUUAUUGGGAUUCAAGACUUUUUGUGACAGCUGUAUUUGAAAGAAGUACUGCCACUUCUCUGGAAUUUACACCAUUAAAUAAAACAUUGAAAAUCACAUUCAAUGCAUGUUAAUAUCUUUUGUCUUUUUGAGAUGCAUUUUUCCUUUAAAUUUGCAUUCAAGAUUUAGCAAUGACAUCAUAAUCCAGUCUAAAAAAAGACAAAGCAGGGCAAACAUUGCAAAUAAAGAGGAACAAUAGAAUUAUUGUUUCAUUUCUACUCGUCUCUGUAUGCUUUCUCUAUUCUGACUGCUAGAUAGAGUUUGUUACAAUGAUUGACAUGGAGCUAAGAUGGAGGUGCCCAGUUAUAUAAAGGUGUGAAUCUCUAUAUUUAUUAUUCACACCUUCCAAAUAUGUUAAAUAUAGAGAUAAGUAACAUAAUGUAAAAAAUCCUAGAACGUGGCAGCUCCUCAUUCUUGAUCAACCCAGGCAGAUUAACCCAUCGGUUAGCUACUACCCUCACAGCAGGAAGGACAGUAAAUGCACUCUGUAAUUUCUAUGAAUCAAUUUGCCUUCCCUCCAUAAGCCUUCUUUCCUUUGCUUAAAGGAACACUGUAACACUGUAAGAAUACAUAUUUUGCACCACAGUUCUUGUACCCCUAACAUUUUGCACCACACUGCACAAAAAAUAAAAUCCAAACUAAAAAAUAACAAAUUAUUCACCCUUGCUUCAACAUUGAGUCUCCCUCAUAGAAUAGAAUUGGGUGAACAUAGGUAUGUGGGGCGCUCACCGCAUUGCACCUACAUUUCCUCCAUAGAGAAUUGUUGUACAAAAUAAUUCUUUAUGGCUCUCAUAGCCACAGUUCCAAGCCUUCUAAUUAGUUUGAUAUUGGUUUUUGGGGAGUAGGAUAGGGUGGCAGGAAUGUAGGCACUAUAACAACUUCAAUAAGAUGACAUCCCAACAGUGGCCCUUUAAUAUCAGUUAGAAAGGAGCCUGGUUUAGCAGGCCUGGAUUUUGUAUUAUGCUCACUAAACGACUAAUAUUCUUAUAGCCUCCAAUCUCUGAAGACCUAGAAAAUAGCACAUAUACAACAGUUGCCUCUUGCGGAGACCUAAAUAUUCUUUAGAAGAUAAUAGUCCAUUGCAGACCCGGACUGGCCAUCAUGUAAACUGGGCAAAUGCCCAGUGGGACACAUCGGUCAUGUGCUCUCCGGCCAGCCCAUGCAGAACUGGAGCUAUUCAUGAUCUUCCUCACGAGUCCUUUGGCACAACAAUCCAGGGAGGUGAAGGGAAAGAACCCGGGAGCUAUAACUUGCAGCUCCACCAGGAUCUUCUUCUCGCGAGCAUUGCUGUGGAUACCAUGGCAAGGCUCUGACCAGAUCUCGGGAGAGUGAACUUCAGCCGGAGUAGUUGUAGGUGAGUACACCCACCACUGGACCACCAUGGCCUGUAAUGUCCCCCCUCCUGGGCCAAAGGAAAGAAGGGAGGGACGAUAUACAGUUUAUUUUCUUAAUAUAAAGCAUAUAAAUGUAUAUACAUUUACUUUGCUCCAAUCUGCCCUGCCCCCACAAUACCUCCCAACACAUUCACACAAUGCACAUACAUUGAACCCUUCACACACACACACACACACUGCACCCCUCAAACACAUUGCACCCUACACGCAUACUGCACCCCCCCCCCACACACACACACACACUCUGCAUCCCUCACACACAUUGAACUUACACACACACACAUUGAACCUCACACACUGCACCUCUCACAUACAUAUUGUAUCCCUCACACACAUACAUUGAUCCCCUCACAUUCACAUUGCAUCUCUCAUACACACGCUGCACUCCCCUUUACCUGCACAUUACAUGCCUUACACACUCACCUCUAACACACACUGGACCCCUACACACUAGAUCCCCUAUAGACCAUUUUACACACACUACCACUAACACACACUACAUUACAGACACAUACUGAACCCUUUACACACAGAAUGCAACCCUCACCCCCACAUUGAAACCCUCAUACACACUGAAUCAUCACACACACUGCACCCAUCACACACCGCGCCCCUACACACUUGAUCGCCUAUAGACACUACAUCAAUUAAACACUCUCUCUACCACUUGAACACACUACAUCCCAUAUACACACACACACUGCACCACUUACACUACAUUCCACACACACUACAUCUCUGAAACACACUCUGGAUUCGCCACACACACUAGAUCCCCUAUAUAUACUCUUGAUCCUCUACACCCAAACACACACACACACACACAAAACACCCCUCUCUGGCCUGCCCCCUUCUCACAGUGCCGCUAUGAUUAGAAAAUGUCCAGUCCAUUUUAUUUCUAGUAUGUCCCUGGUAAACUGGAUGCAAAAGGACAAGCAAGCUCUUAGUUGCUUUUCCCUGAUGAGAUGAGAAGUUUUCAAGUUCUUGAGAAAGCCUGGUAUUGGGGGCGAAACGCGUCGAAGUGUGGACAGCUUCCUGCUGCCAGAGGUGGAUGCACGUCUUAACUGUCAGCAUCGUUUGCCAGCCACAGUCUUCUCUCUGUUUGAAAAUUCAUUUAAUCAGCGCUGAGAUUGGGCAGGAGUGUGCACGGACGGUUAUGGCUGCCAAGCCUCUGUGUAUUUUAAAGUUUAUAUCGUGGUAUCUUGGAAACGAGUACCAUAACUUGCUGAUGUAAGGGUCUUUAAUUUGGGGGAAGGGUUUUGUAUGUUAACUUGAUUAAAUUGCAGUAUUACCCUAUGAUAGAUCUUUUUGUAUCUUUUUAAGGUUAAAAGUCCACAGUGCAACAAUGUACCUACAGAUGCUGUGACAUAGCUGCAAGAUUAAUCUUAACCCUGUAAAAGAUCACCACCCAAGAUUUAUUGGACCCUAUAGCAAGACUUUUUAUGAUGAUUUGAGUACUAAACUUAUGGUGGUCUUUUUUAUUGUAUUUUAUUUUAUUGCACUUGGAAAUAUUUCCAUGAAUCCGCAAUUAUAAGUGUUUUACUUCAGAUAUAUAGAUAGAUAUAUAUAUAUAUAUAUAUAUAUAUAUAUAUAUAUAUAUAUAUAUAUAUAUAUAUAUAUAUAUAUAUAUAUUUCCAAAUGCUAAAAUAAAGCUUUAUUAGAAAUGGCUUAUAUGAAGGGAAUCAAUCCCAAUAUACCCUAUCUGUGGUAUACUAUAAGACUCCCCUCUCUCAGACUCACUGGUAUUAGUAAUCUUAAAUCUAAUUCCUAUAAGUUGGUACAUAUAUAUAUAGGAUAUCUAAUGAUAUAAUCAAUAGCUUGUCUGCUAAAUGAAGUAGGCAAGAACGUCCUUCAUUGGUAGUAGUGGUAGGGGUAAAGUAUAGGUAUGUAGCAAAUGUUGUAGCGGAGAGAUUCUGUCAGUCAGUGAAAAGAGUAGGUAAUAUAGAUACAGAGGUGAGUUUAAAAGAAACUGACAAUGCACAGUUAGAAAGGCUCUCUCCCUGAAAAUCUGAUUAAACAAGCAUGAAAGUAGGAAAAAAAAUCAAUUAGUGAAAGUAAAUAAUGUCAUGUUCGAGAAUUAAACAUAACAUUGCCCAGUGCCCAUAACCCAGAGAAAGGAUGAACGUCCGAUGCGCGUUUCGGUGCUUUGUAAGAUGCACCUUCGUCAGGGGCCAACAGUAAAAUGAUAGAGGUCUGGUUUAAAUACAUUGUAUCGCCAGAAAAUGGAUAACUGUAGCCAAUGGCAUGAUCAAGGGGGAGUAUCUCACAUGUGGAGGUGAUAUCGGCUUGAUUAUCAUACCUUAAUUAUGUGUCCGAUCUGCAUUGGGUAUUGCCGAGGGAUGUGUGUGGUCUUGUCCCACGUGGCGUAUAGGGGGCGGGACUAAAUAGCCAUCUUCGAUUACGAUUCGUAUAGAGGCAUAAGUGGGCUGGUUUAUCCGUCAUGUCUAGCCAAUAAGUGGAUAGCUCUAAAUGUGAAGCUCUAAUCCAUAGAGAAAAUAGUGACGUCAGAUAUCUCUCUCCAUCUUGAGAGUAGAUUCGUCAAUAUGGAAUGGAUGGGCGAUGUAUUCGUCAAACCCAUCCAGCUCAUAUGGAUAGGGCAGAUCAAUGUAUAAAUUUCACAAUUUAUAGUCCCGUCAUGUUGAGGCAAUAAUUCAACAGCGGGAUCAUGCUGAAAGGCAUUGAUCAAGAUGUGCCGAUAUUGCAGCAGUCAUAUGUACUCAACACUAUAUCCAAUACCCCUAUAUCAAUAAACACAUACAUUAUUCAAUCGAGUAUAUAUAGGGACAAUAAGACAUCCCAUGUUGUACAUAUUUCCAUAUGCCCCAUACAGAUCGAUAGCCCCCAUAGAGUAGGGGAGAUCGAUCCCCACAUGACAUCAGAUGAACACACAUACAGUAUCCAUCCCUCCUUAACCCAAACAAACAGAAAGGAUAACGGAGGUGUGACUAUAGUACAAGGUAUGAUGUUGCCCUCUGUAGAAUCCAAUGUAUAACUACGUCGUACUCCCAUUCAUCUAAGUAUGUAUAUCAACAAUAAUAAUAGGGAAGAGUAUAUAGUAGAGGGAAUAUCUAAAUAAUCUCUCAGUGGAGAUAUGGCCAAUUCUAAAUUUCACUAUAUAUAUAUAUAUAUAUAUACACACACACACACACACACACACACACACACGUUUAUAUACCAGAGGUCAGUUAUCCAUAUACAAAUAAAAAUAAUUUAAAAAAAAACUACAACUACUAUUAACUUUACAUGUGUAUCUUGCAGUGGAAAAAUAUAUGCAUAUAUACAUAUUUACAGUUAAGCUGAAAUAAAGGAUGUAUAGGAGAAACCUUUCUUUAGACCCAAGGGGGAGAGGGUCUUGAGCUUAUAGAUCCAGAAACUCUCCCUUUGUAAGAGCUUCUUAUCUAAGUAGGCCCCCCUCGGUCCAAGUGUGAUCUCAGUUCCACAAAAUCUAAUUCCAUCAGGUGAUGGAAUCCACAAUGAAUUUUGAGAUGUUUGGAGACUGGGGUGUCAACCAAUCUUCUCGGGUUCACCGAAUUAACAUGUUCACAUAUUCUGAUCUUAUAGUUGCGGGAUGUUUUGCCCACAUACAGUUUGUUACAUGAACAUGUGAGGAGGUAGACCAAUCCUUUGGACUGGCAGUUAAAGAAUGUUUUAACAUUAAAUUCUUGGGUGUUCGCAGAGUCCGAGAAGGUCUUAGAUGGUCGACGUAUAAAUUUGCAGGCCUUACAUCUACCACACUGGUAUGUACCUGGGGAUUUAAGCCACGUUGGUUUGUGUGGGGUUGGUUUGUGUGGCUAGGGACUAGGAUAUCCUUGAUAUUCCAUCCUCUUCUAGCUGUAACAGAGGCGCGAGGAGUAAUCACUUUAUGUAGAUGUGGAUCUUGGUGCAAUAGGGGCCAGAAUCUUUCAAGGAUCUUCAUAAUUUGGUGCCAGUCGGCAUAAAAUUUCCCUAUGCACCUAAUAGUCUCCUGUGAUGCUUUUUUUUGAGUCUCCUCUGAUAGAAGAUCUUUUCGAUCAGCUAGAAGUGCGCGUUUGCAUGCGAUUUAGAUACCCCUAUGUUUAAACUGAUUUUGCAGUGUCUUAGCCUUCAGUUUACGUCGGAGACGCAAACACUGUCCCAAUGAUAUGCCCUUUUUAAGGGCAGGAGGGUGAUAGCUAUCCCAAUUCAAAAAAUUAUUGGUUGCUGACGGUUUCCGAAAUAGAGUAGUUGUAAAAUAUCCAUCAUCUGUCAUCAUGAUGGUAAUAUCUAGGAAGUUCAUUUUCUUCCCCCCUAUUUUGCUGGUUAGUCUUAGGUUAAUGUCAUUGGUGUUAAGGGCCACAACAAAUUCAAUGAAGAGAUCGGUGGUACCGGUCCAUAUUAUCAAGAUAUCAUCGAUAUAUCUCUUCCAAAGUGUGAUAUAUCUAGUAUAUCUUUCCAAACUCGCAUUGAACACCAUGGUCUUUUCCAUAUUUUUUGUCUAACUGAAACACACAAUUAGCGUGAAAAAAAAUACUGUAGAUAUCCUUUUGGAUGCUGUUGGUGAGUAUAUCCCAACCAUUGCAUGUACUGGCUGUCCAGAACGACAUCACACUCCAUGCCAACUGUAUUUCAAAUGCUCCCAAACCCAAUAAACUAAAAGAACAUAUGCUGGUCAUUGUUCCCAGGAAAUUUUUGUAAAUCGGGACUCAAUAGCUAAAAGUCAAGCUAUAGCAAGAGUCCCUCAUACUGACUUCUCAUCAUCCAGAAAAUUUCCUGUAAUCGAGUGCCUGAUGGAACUCCCAAAAGUAAGCAACCCGUAGACUGGUUGAAGACUAGAAGAGUGAGGCCAUUUGUUUAAAUCACCCCGGGAAGAUUAGCUAUGGUCACACAAUGAGAGAAUCCUAUGGUAAAGAAUUGCUUAGACCAUCAGUAGCGAGAGUCCAAUUACAAAAUCUCAGAUGCAUUGUUGUUCCGAGAUCUGUUGUAUAUAGGAUCAGUUUUCCGGUGUGCUCACUGCCUUCAAUUCAGGUUAAACUGUGUGUGGGGAACACCGUUCAAUAGUAGGAUUUUCCUGUGACUUUAUAUUUCUCCAGUCUUUCAGCUUAGUACUUCCAUCUUCUGGUUCCAAAACAACAUGGAGUUUGCCAUCUUUCCUCAAUAGGAGUUUAGUGGAGUAACCCAACUGGUAAGGGAUCCUGUGAUUUCUCUGUAUUUGUGCCUGAUUGCCAUUGUGGUAGCAGAAAGAUCUACAUGUAGGGUGACAUCCUGGUAUGGCUUCUGGAGAGCAGGCAUUUUUCUGGCUGCAUUAAUGAGUAAGUCCUUGGAUCGGUAAUAGUGAAAUCUCACAAUGGUGUAUCGUGUAAAUCUAGCUGGUUUUGGCAGUCAGUGAACUCUGUCCAAGAGCCAUGAAGAUUCAUCCAGGUCAAUACACAAGAUCCAGCACACUCACUCAUCCACUAAACAGCAACUUCAACUUAGUUUUUUGGUUUUCUUAAACACCUCAUCUAGGCAAAAAUAAUGGGGGUUUAGUUACUGUAUAUGGCAUAAGCCUGCCACAACGACAAUAUACACCAAUUUUGGCAGACCCUACUCUAACAUCCUAAUAUCUUAUCUUAUGAGAUUAAUCCAAUUACUUGGGGAAAAAUUUCCAUCUGGGGCCUUGCAGUACAAGGUUAAAUAGGGCACUGGAAUGAUACAUCUGUGACAGGGAGGAGGAACCUGCUCCUCCUCCAUCUUUUGUAGUUUGUCCAUCAUCUCCCUGUGAGCGGUACAUAGCUCCUCUGUUCUUUGCUCCAGGUGGUUUGUCCUGUCUCCCAGUUCUGCGAUAUCUGUAUGGAGCAAUGCUGUAAUUUGGUUAAAAUCAUUCUGUAAAGUGGUUGUUGUAGCAUUGUAUUAAGGUAUCUGUUUGUAACAGGGUUGUCAUCAAAUGUGAGUUGUGCUGGAUUAGGAUCAGCCGUUCUGUCUGAAGUAGGGUAGUAGGCCUCAGAAAUUUACUUAUGUUAGGUAAGUUUAAGGAGCUCUUUUUUUCCUUGUGGGAUCGGAUACGUGAGCUUUGUUUGUUUUGAAGAGAGAUUUAGGUAUCUGCCAUCCGCAUCUGUACUCCAUGCAUCUGCACACUCUGGAAGUUAGCCACACCCCUGGCUCUAUUUCUUGACUAAUGUAUCCUAUCAACCAUUCAUGCCUGUUGCCUCUCUGGAUUCACACCUCAUCCUACGUUACCUGCUGUUUCAGUUUAUCUGUGUGCCUCAUUUUAACUCCAAUAUUAGACCCCAAUGCACUAUUCAAGACCACUCUCUUGGAUCAUCUAUUCAGCCAUUGCAUUACAUAGUUACGUACCUGAAAAGAGACUUGCAUCUAAAAAACUAGGAAAAAAUACCUUCUUGAUCCCAAAAUGGACGUCUGAUCGCUCCUUGGUUCAAGAUGCUAUUACCCCACUAAUUAAAAUGUAUAUCCCUGAAUAAUAUGUUUUUGCAAGUAUGCUAUUUAAACAUCUGUACAGACCCUGAUAAAACCACCCCUUCAGGCAGACAAUUUUGCAUCUAUAGUGUUCUUACUGUAAAAAUCCCUUUACUGUGUUGUAGACUAAAUCUCCUUUCUUCCAGACUAAAUGUGUGACCUCAUGUUCUAUGUAUAGUCCUGUUUAUGAAUAGAUUUCCAGACAAUGGAAUUGGCCCCAAAUAUAUUUGUAUAAUGCUAUCAUAUUCCCUCUACAUUGCUGUUUUUCCAAACUAUAGAGACUUAAAUCUGUUAACCUUUCUUCAUAACUAAAAUGUUCCAUUCCAUUUAUUAAUUUUGUAGCCCACCUCUGCACUUUUUCUAGUUCCAUAAUAUCCUUCACUAGAACAAGUGGCCAAAAUUGCACAGCAUAUUCAAGGUAUGAUCUUACCAGUGAUUUAUAAAGAGGAUGAAUGCACCUAUUUAUACAUGACCUUACUGGCCUCAGGAACUGCCAAUUGCACAUUGUUGCCUAGUUUGUUGUCUAUAACAAUUGCUCACAUAUUUCUUGUAUAUUGUUAUCCAUAUUUCCCUACCAUUUAGGGUGUAAAUUGCCUGUGCAUUAUUUACCCCAAAAUGCACAACUUUGCAUUGUUCUACAUUAAAUUGAAUCUGUCAUUUAAUUUGCCCAGUCCCCCAAUCUAUCUAAAUCCCUCUGCAGCAAAGCAAUAUCCUGCUCACAUUGUAUUACUUUACAAAGUUUUGUGUUAUCUGCAAACACAACAUGACUUUCAAAGCCUAUUUCAAGAUCAUUUUUAAAUAUUUUAAAUAGAAGUGGUCAAAGAAAAGAUCCCUAAAGGACAGCACUUCCCACUUUUGUUCAGGCUGAAAAUUUACCAUUAAUAACUACUCUAUCAUUAAGCCAAAGCUCUAUGUAAGAACAAUAAUUUUUAUCUAGACCAAUUUGUUUAAAUUUAAACACUAAAAUAUUAUGAGGCACUGUAACAAACGCCUUGGCAAAAUCCAAGUAGUUCACAUCUACUGCAACACACUGGUCUAUACUUCUACUUACUUCUUCAUAGAAUGCAAUUAGGCUAGUUUGACAUUACCUAUGUUUCCUAAAAUCAAGCAGACUAUUGCUAAUAACACUGUUCUUCCCAAUGAAUUUCUAUAUAUUAUCCCUUAAUAAGCCUUCAAACAAUUUCCCAGCCUCAAAAGUUAAGUCUAUAAUUUCAAGGCAAAGAUGUAUAACCCUUUGUGAAAAUAGAAACCACAUUUGCCUUCCACCAAUCCUCCGGUAUGAUUCAGAAAAGAAUAUUGAGCUGCAUUGGGAUGGACAGUCUGGGCUGGAUUAGAAGAUGAGGGCUUGCAACAAGAGAACUGCAGCUUUUGCAAGAUGUAUUUAGAUAGACCCCCAAAGAAAAUUUUUUGGGGUACAUCUACUAAACAGGAGGGGAUAGUGGAGGCAGGGAAACAGGAGGGGAUAGUGGAGGCACACAACAAAAAAAUAGAAAUUGACUUAUAAAGUAACCCGGUUACACCCCCUGGCUUUCAAGCAGGCAACAGAUCAUGUUACUUCCUGGUUUGGUUAGCUCAGUGGAGCUAAACUCAAGAGGCAGCAAUUGCCCAGAGCACCUGCCUUGGAAAGACUUCUCACAGAGCUGCAAUGGAAUGUCCGUCAUUGAACAGCCUCAAAAAGUAUAGGCUAGGGGAGAAGGGAAGGGUUUGUAAAGGCAGCAGACAUUAGAACUGCAGCUUUUGCAAGUUGCUUUUAGAUAUACCCUUAAUGAAAAAAUGCAUAACUGAAUGCAUGCAAGUUUUCAUUUGUGCUAUAUAUACACACUACACAGUGAUUUUUAUUUAUUUUGUAUUUGGGCAUUGGUGUCCCUUUAAGUACUUCUGGGUGAAGGCCCAUGAGCUUUGUUUUCAUAAACAAACAUUCUUUUGUUGCUGCAGCACCUUUUCUUGAGUCAUCCAAUCACAUUUUUCUUCCAAUCUGCAUUUCUUGCAGCAAUCAUUUGCAUAUCUCAAUAUGCAAUAUAUAUUGAGGAAAAUUACCAGAUUUUACUAAUUACAUGACGUAAAGUCAUGAUUUUAUAAAGGACACGGAGGCGAGUAUUAGGCUUUAUCUCUUUCUUUAUUCCUCAGCAGCAAAGAAAGGAUAUUGAUAUUUUUUAAUAUAGCAAUAACAAAAAGAAAAAACAGAUACCCUUAAGGGUUAACCAUAUAACAUUCCAUAUCCAUUAACCAAUAGGAUCAGUCCUUGUACUAUAUCCCUUCAUGUGAGGUAAACUACUUCCUCUUUCUGGCUGACGCCGAAGCUGAACACAUCAACAAGGGAAAAACAUUUUCUCAAACUUGGAUAAUCUUUCUUAGGGGUUCCGGCGAAUGUUCCAAAUAAUGUUGAGAUAUUGGACGAUCCCGGUUAUGUCAUCACAGGGUUAAGCUGUAGGAGACAGAGAGAUAUAUGGUAAAAUGUAUUCGAAUAUCGUUGUCAUACAUAUAUGUUGUACCGGUCCGUAGACAAACGUUUAUAUCUGAAAACUUUGCCUGCGACAUUCUAGCAUAAAUCAGUCUAAAUCGCAAUCUUACCCUAGAACUUUGAUUCUAAACAUCCAAAAUGCUAUAGCUUGUUUAUGAGUAAGUGGGUGGGAAAAAAAUACAUGUACGGCUUACCUUUCAGUGGGCGGGCUAAUACUCGCCUCCGUGUCCUUUAUAAAAUCAUGACUUUACGUCAUGUAAUUAGUAAAAUCUGGUAAUUUUAUUAAAGGACACGGAGGCUCUUAUUAGGCUAGUUUAAAGCUGUGAUAUGACCCUAGACGAGAUAUGUUCUGUUGGUCUAAAGUAGUAUUCCUUAAACGUCGAUUCUCGGGACCAGUCAGCUGUGCGGAGGAGGUCUUCCAGUUUACAUCCAAUGUAGAAUGCCUUAGAGGCCAUAGCGCCUCUAGUAGAGUGUGCCCCGUAAACGGCUGUGUCGAUAUUAGCAUUUGACAUUAUCCAUUUCACCCAACGUGUCAGAGUUCCCGUGGAUACUGGUUGAUGAGGUUUUCUCACUGCCAAGAACAAAUUAUGUGUUGUUGGGUUCCGGAAUGGCUGUGUCCGUAAUUCAUAUUCCUGCAGGCAUGCUACCGGGCAGAGGUUAGCAUUGUGAGGAAAGGAGGGAUAGAAGACUGAAGUGGUGUUCGACUUCGUACGUCUGGUGAUAUUAAACAGGACACCAUCCGGUGUGAAUGAUCGUGCAUCGAUAUCUAAGGCCCUCACGUCUGAUACCCGUUUGCAGGAAAUUAAGCAUAGGAGCAUCGCCAAUUUUGCAGACACUUGCUUGAGUGUGAGGUUCGAGUUUGGGGGCCAAUCUUGCAACAACCGAAGGACCAUAUUCACAUCCCAUAGGGCCGUGUAACGAGGUUGUGGCGGACGUGCAAAUUUUAUGCCUCGUAGGAGACGACAGAUCCAUAAGUGUUUCCCAGCCGGGAAGCCUUCCCAACCAGUGUGCCCAGCUGAAAUCGCUGACCUGUACACAUUUAUGGUGCGAUAAGCCAAGCCUUGGUCAUAAAGGGUAGUAAGGAAGCCCAAAACCUGGUUUAUAGGAGCACGUAUGGGAUCCACGUGCCGUUCCACGCACCAACUACACCAUGUGUUCCAGGCAUGAGCAUAGGAACGUCUUGUCCCUGGGGCCCAAGCUCCUGCCAAUAAUUCCAAAGUCGUUUGUGAAACAUUCGGCAUGGUCCAGGGUCCCCGGAGAGGAGCCAUGUUAGGAGUCUGAGAUGACCUUGCACCAGAAGUGGAUGAGAGUUCCCAUCGGGAUCUGAUAAUAAUUCCGUGCUCCCUGGAAUCAAUCUGGGGAGGUCGAUUGACAUUUCCAUGAGGGAAGGGAACCAUGGCUGUGCCGUCCAGAACGGUGUUAUCAAAACCAACGAUGCUCGGGAGCGCUGUAAGUGUAGGAGAGUCCGCGCUAUGAGUGAGAAAGGGGGGAAGGCGUAUAGCCUGGUGUUCGGCCAAUUUUGUAGGAAGGCAUCCACUGCCGUGGCGUCUGGGUCCGGUCUCCAGCUGAAGAAUGAGGGGAGUUGAGCAUUCAGCCGGGAGGCAAAAAGGUCGAUGUGCAUCGGUCCCCAGAGUUGGUGGAGUUUCUGGAAUACUGUGCGAUUCAAUCGCCAUGCACUGUUGUCUCGUAAAUGCCUGGAGUGCCAAUCCGCUACGGUGUUGGAGAGGCCUGGGAGGUAUUCCGCCUGUACGGAUAUGCUGCGACUCAGGCAGAAAUGCCAGAAUUCUUUCGCCAAGUUCGUGAGGAUUGAGGACCUCGUGCCACCCAAGUGGUUGAUGUAGCGGACGGCUGAGACAUUGUCCAUGCGUAGGAGUAUGGAACAAUUGGUCGUGUGUCCGAGGAGGCUCCGUAGGGCGAAUGACCCAGCCAGGAGUUCCAAACCAUUGAUGUGGAGUUCUUUUUCUUCGGAAGACCAUUUUCCACCUGUAGAGGUAGGACCACAGCGGGCCCCCCAUCCCAGUCUGCUCGCGUCGGAUUCUAUGACUAGAUCCGGAGUGGCGCCGAAGAUUGCCUUGCCGUUCCAUGCUUCCAUGUGUUGAAGCCACCAUGCCAGUUCCUCUUUUGCCGCGCAGUCUAGAGGUACAGAAUCUGAAUAGGAGUGACCCAAGCGUAGGUGGGUUGCCUUGAGUUGUUGUAGGGAUCUGUAGUGGAGAGGGCCUGGGAAGAUCGCUUGUAUAGAGGCCGAGAGCAGGCCAAUUAUCCUGGCUAGCUGUCGGAGGGUUAAGACUGGUCGAGCCAACGUCCUCCGGAUUUCCUUCUUGAUAAGUUUUACUUUUGCGGUAGGAAGACUGAGCGUUCCGUGUACUGCGUCUAUAUCGAAACCCAAAAACUCUAUCGAGUGUGAAGGUUGUAGGAUCGAUUUGUCCCAAUUGAUUAGGAAACCUAGGUUUUGUAAAAGGGUUACUGUCCAGAAUAGGUGUUGAUUCAGUAGCUGUGUGUCUUGGGCCAUGAUCAGCAUGUCGUCGAGGUAUAUGAUCAGACGUACACCUCUGCUGCGAAGGAGGGCAACUACCGGUUUCAGCAGCUUGGUGAAGCACCACGGGGCUGAAGACAGGCCGAAAGGGAGGCAGCUGAAACGCCACAUCGUCUGGUCCCAUUGGAAUUGCAGGAAUUGUUGACAGUCCUCGGCAAUCGGUAUUGUGAGGUAUGCAUCCUGGAGGUCCAAUUUUACCAUCCAGUCUCCCAGUCUUAAUAGGUCUCGGAGGCAGUGUAUUCCUUCCAUCUUGAAGUGAUGGUAUGUGACAAAGGCGUUGAGAGGCCGCAAGUUUAUUACUGGCCUCAUGCCCCCACCUUUCUUGGGUACUAAGAAGAUGUUGCUUAGGAACCCGGGGGCGGUAAUAGGAACCCUGUAUAUCGCACAUUUUUUCUCCAGUGCGUGAAUCUCUUUUAACACUAGCUGUUUGUCUAGUGGGGAAAAAAUAAUCCGAUGUGGCAAUGAGAGUUGAAUCGGCUGUUGUGUAAAUUCGAUGUGAUAGCCGAGGAUGGUCUCUAGGACCCAUGUAUCUGAGGUUAGGUUGUGCCACGCAUCCUGGAAUUGAAACAAUCUGCCCCCCACAGGUACAAAGGGAAUGGUGUGUAAUGUGGAGUGACUCACCAUAAGGCCGACGGCCAUAGGAGGAUCCCCUGGUUCCGCGUGGAUGCCAUGAUCUGCCCCUGGUCGGGAAGAAUGGUGAUUGUGCCCUCGGUUCGGGUGGGUGGAACCGUGGUGUGGCGGAGCCUCGAUAGCCCCGGAACUGAGUCCGGGAGGGGCGGCCGGACAGACGGCCCCGCUGUCUGCCGGCCCCCCCGAAAACCUUUUGCGAGAACACUCGCUUCAUAUUAUGUUGUGCCUUAUCUAGUGCCGUAAAUGUGUUUACGUAAUUACCCAGGGUCUUAACAAAAUUGUCUCCAAAUAAGAGACCUUUUGCCUGUGUGCCAGGCUCGGAGAUUGCCAAAUGCACUAGUUUUGGCUCGAUUUUCAACAAUAUGGCUUUACGCCGUUCCGUGGCCAAUGCGGUGUUGGCAUUUCCUAUUAGGCAUAUGCCCCUCUGAAUCCAGCCUCUGAUGGCCAUCAAGUCAAUUGGGGUCCCCCCAGUAAGGGCCGCUUCGACCAUAUCGAAGAUUUUAGCUAUAGGCCCGAGUAUGUCCAGGAUCUUGUCCUGGCAGUGUUUUAAGGAGUAGUCCAAACCCUUCUUGGCCCUCCAUCCUGACUUACCCAGGAACUGGGCGACUUUGGGAUCCACUUCAGGGGUCACGCAGGCCAUGUCUGGGACAGUGGGCCUUGGGCAUUCCGCCCUUAGUUUGUUUCUUGUGGCCUUGUCGAGGGGUUUUCUGACCCUAGUCGCAAUAUAAACGGCCACAUGAGUCGUGGGAUACCACUCCGCUGAACGCGGAUUGUGUAAGGUAUCGGGAUCAAAAAGGGGUUCCCCUUGGGGGUCUAACACAGCGGACUCAUCCGUCUCGCGCUCCGCGUCUAGAGCUGGAGGCGCGGUGUCGCUGCGUUCGGGGGAUGAAUUGUCAGAAUUAAUUGGGUCGAUAUACCAAAGAAAUAAAUAAAUAAAUAGUAAUAUGAAUCUAAACAACACAAUAUUUGAGGAGCUGAAAAAUAUGUGGUACUUAGCUGAGGCAGCAGCAAAGAAAGAGGAAGUAGUUUACCUCACAUGAAGGGAUAUAGUACAAGGACUGAUCCUAUUGGUUAAUGGAUAUGGAAUGUUAUAUGGUUAACCCUUAAGGGUAUCUGUUUUUUCUUUUUGUUAUUGCUAUAUUAAAAAAUAUCAAUAUCCUUUCUUUGCUGCUGAGGAAUAAAGAAAGAGAUAAAGCCUAAUAAGAGCCUCCGUGUCCUUUAAUAAAAUUUGUUAUUUAAAAAGUUUGCCUUUUUAUGGUCUUCAUUAAAAGAACCAUAUUGUUAAAAACAUGGCGUGGCUAGGGAGUGAGAUACAUUGAGAGGCUGGGGGAUGAGACACAUGGAGGUUCUUUGGGGGAAGAGACACACGGAAGGGGGCUGGGAGGAAUGAGACACAUUGAGGGACUGGGGAAUGAGACACAUGGGAGGAUAAUGAAACACAUGGAGAGGCUGAGGGGGAUGGGACACAUGGAGGAGCUGGGGGGGAUGAUACACAUGGAGCCGCUGCUGGGGAGAAUGAGAAACACAAGAGGGAAUGAGACAUAUGGAGGGACUGUGGGAGAAUGAGACACAUGGAGGAGCUGGGGGGGCAGAAUAAGAUACAUGAGGGGGAUGAGACACAUGGAGGGGCUGGGAGACAAUGAGACACUUAGAGGCGUUGGGGGGGAUAAGACACAUGGAGUAGCUGGGAAGGAGAAUUAAAUACAUGGAGAAGCUGGGGAUGAGAAUGAAAUACAUGGAGAUUAUGGGGCGGAGAAUGAGACACAUGGAGGGACUGGGUGGGGAUCAGACACAGUGGGGGGUCCCAGGGCAAUUCUUUUUUACCAGGGCCCACUGGUUUAUAGUUACGGCUCUGCUCCCUGGUAUUUGGGAUGUAAGGCUUAGACCUUUGAGCCUCAAGUACCUUUGUAAAAGCAGGAUUUGAAAGCAGCACAGGCAGAGGAUUAACAGCUGCCUUAAAGAAGGAAAGGGUGGAUGAUUCCUGCAUGGAAAAUUGUCGGGGUUCCGGGUACCAGAGGAAACAGGACGGACAAUGUAGCGGAACAUGGCUGGAUUCCAAGUCAUGGACCAGUCACCCCUGUUCGUGUUAUAUUACGUAAAUAUCUGCCAUUUUUAUUGUUAUCACAUUAACUCCAAUGUGUAUAGGCUCAAGUGUCAUAGCUUAUGCAAAUAUUAUAUAGUAAAGUUAUUUCUUUAACUACUUAAACUAUUGUCUCGUCCAAUUAUUGCACAAAAAUGCACCAUCACUACCAGGAAUCAUGACAUAACCCAUUAAAUCAUUUGUGUAUCUUAUUUCCCCCUAUAUUUUGUGUCACUUACCUCCAACCAUUCCACACAUUGUGUCUGUUACCUCCACUCUGCCAUCCUUUGAGUCUCUUAUUACCCUCUUAACACUUUGUGGCCCUUACCCUCACUCCUCCUCACUUUGUAUCUCUUAUUUCCCCCACACACCUUUGUGACUCUUACUCAGUCUAUCCCACCCUUUUUUUUAUCUCCUAUUCAUUCUCUUCCUCCCCAUUUAUCCUUUUGGUAGUGUGGCCUAGUGGGACCACAGUAGAUGAUAUUCAUCAUUCAUUAUCCUCUGCCCAGUUUGAGCAGCAUGCAGAGUGGAUGGGUUGGAAAUAUGAUGCUUAUUCAUAUACUGCACUCUCUGCAGACUUAUUGGUGCUCCCUCUCAGCCCGGCAGAGGAUAUUGUUACUAUAUUCCCACAAGGCCAUGCUACAGAGAUUCAAUAACGAUAGGGGUUUGCUGCUUUGUGCAUCCCUUUCCUUCCUGUGUCCUUUGGUUUACUGUCUUCCCUCUGCCCCAUUGGUUCUUUACCAGUGGUAAGUAUUUAAGAAAUAUUUAAUAAAUGUAAUGGAUGUAAGAUUGUUUAAAUAAAAUAUAUGCUAUUUUACAGAUGCCUAUAUAUCAAUAUGCAUGCCAAAACAUAAAAAUGUUUCUCUUAAAUUUCUAUUUCAAUCUUUUUCCCAGAGCUUCAUGCUGCAUUUCUGGAAUUUGAUGCAGAUCAGGAUGGGUUCAUUGGUUACAAGGAGUUAGGUGAAUGUAUGAGAACCAUGGGAUAUAUGCCAACAGAAAUGGAGCUGAUUGAAAUCUCCCAGCACAUCAAGAUGAGGAGUGAGUAAUGUGUCUCUCUAGGGCUGUGGUUUUAAAAUCUUCCAUUUGGAAUUAUUUGUAUUAUAACAUAUUUACAAAAUAUUUGGAUGUGGUGAUGAACAGAUAAAUAUAUGAUAGAUAGAUUGUAUGUUUGUUGGUUAAAAUAUACAUCCAUAAUUCAUACUGGGUUACUCUCCAGACAAAGAAUAUAAGUAAUUGAAAUCUGAAUAGCAAAAUUAAUGGCUGAUUUGGGGAAAAAAAAAAUCUUCACCUUAGCUGUAGUCACAGCUUCGCUAUCGGGGGCUGAGUUUUGCCAUUUAGAUAUACUGUUGUGUGUCAUUUAAUGAAAUCAGUGUAGAUUUUUGAACACCAUAUGUCAUGUACAUGAAUCGUAAAGCAAGUCGAAUAUGAAAAUAUGUCACCAAUAAUAUAAAAUUUCAUACAGUACAUUUAUAAUGUUACACUAAAGUCAGCUCUAUUAAUCACAAAUUAUUUGCACAUAUAAAACAAAAAUAAAUAUCAUAAUUGUAGCGGAUGGCAUUGGGCUGUCCAAAAAACGACAUGUAUUAUUAUAUGUUCGGUUAAAUUGUAUCUAUGUAUGUGGAACUGUAUGCAGCAUUCGGCUGAUUGUUCGGUAGAAUCACUCCAGGCAUUAUGAGAGUGAAACUACCGAACAGUCAGACCACCCCAGUAGAAAGUGUGCCUCCAAUUACCGGUUGCAACAAUGUUGCGAACGGGUAAUUGGCAAUCUGUGCAGUGGGUCCUUUGUUCUCGGGGUGGCCGCCAUUCGGGAGACGAACACAUGGUGGCGGCCAUUUUAAAACCCCUGAACAGCUGUGUUUUGCCGUCGAGUGUCUGGAACCAAAAUCGGACACUCGGCUAGGCGAACACCGCUGAGACCUUCACACUGCCCUUAAAUUCGUAUCCAAACUACCGAACGGCCACCCGUUCGGUAGAAAGAAACAUCCGAACAAGGGGAUUCAUGCAAACCCUCCCUAGUCUCUAUAGCACAAGCCUUUCAUGCCAUUUAUUCCCUUCUUCUGUGACUGACCGCAGUGCCCCAUCUCAAGGAACCAAAUUUGGCUGUUCCCUCCAGCACGGUCGGUCUUUUUACUACCUCCACAGAUUUCCCGAACCUCUGGUCCGAUCUGGGUGAUUUUUGGAUAUGUCUCUCACCCAGAUCAGGGCUACCAGGGGAUGUAAUAUUUAAAGGGGUACCCCUAGAUUUAGGGGUACAUCCAGAAACCCAGGGAAUUUGUGUUCUGUAUAAGGGGAUUAUGAGUCAGUCUAAGGGGAGGAGAUGUGUGGGAGGUUACUCAAGUAUGAUUGGACACUGUACUAAUGACUGUAAAUCCCUCCCUUGCAUGGGAGAAUGCUUUAUAAGGCCACUGUGUGAAUAAAAGUUUAGUUCUGCUCCUGAUGCUGUGUGUCGUCCAGUCAUUGGGAUUGAGGUUGGGAUAUUGCUGGAUUAUUUUGCCUGCUGGAAACCUUGUUUUAUGGAUUUAUAAUACUUGUUCCUGAGCCUCACUGGGAUCUUAAGCGGUGAUAACUUGUGGAAUACCAGAUCUCCGCUACAAUAAUAAUAAAUUUAUAUAUAUCGCUACUCAAUGGCACAAGUGAGCAAAAACUGUUUUGAGACCUUAGCGGGGAUCUACUGAUGGGCAAGCUACUGAGUUCCUCUAAGCUUAGUUUUAGAAACUAAUCUUAUCAUCUGUCAUAAAUUUGCUGGGGUACUUCUGUUUUUUUAACCCCUGUUCUAUUUAAUUUGUGUCUUUAAAUAUAUAAUCUGUGACUCUGUGACGGCAUUUUCAGGAGAAAGCAUCCUUUUUUUUUUCCUCUAUUCAUUUUUCUUUUUUUAAUUUUAGUUAUUUCUUUAUUUAUUAUUUUAUCUAUUUUUAAAAUUGUAGUUUUGUUUUCCAUUAUUUUUCUUUUCUUAAUUUUAUAAGAUUUAAUUUCAUUUUAUUUAUUUAUUUUUUCUUACUUCUUCCUUCUUUCUUUUUAAUUUGUGUCUUCUUUACCUCUGUCACAUUUUAAUAUUCAUUAUAUAUUAUUUAAAUACUUUUUUUACUUUUCAUCGUGUGUUAUUUAUGUCACACUUUUACCUUAUUGUCUAUAUUGUUUUUGUAUGAAAUUAUUAUGAAUAUUGUAAAAAUCUGCAACAUUAUUCAUUCUACCUAUAUCAAAACUAAUAGGGUGACAAAGUAACCAAGUCCCAUGUCAACCUAUUAUUAGAUGACCAAGCAACAAAAUUGCUGGACACACUAUUGUUAUUGCUGGGAUUUAAAAUAUUAUUAUUUUUCUUAUUAUUAUUAUGACAAUGUUUUUUCAAAUGCCAUUGACUAUAAAGCAAACCACUAAUAAUUUGGCACAAUGGUAAAAUAUAUGCUCCAGUGGCCAUACUAGAUUGCUCAAAAUUCUUUAAACAACUUCAUCUCUGAAACCAACUGUUAGAACAAUGCAACAUUUGGCAAGUAAUAUUUACAGCAAGGUCAUCUACCGUGGUUGUUCAGAGCAAGACAGUAUAAAAGUCAAGAUGGCUGUCACAAGCUAAUGACAUUUAAAAUGUCCUCCAAUUACAGAUAUGUUCCUUUAUUUCACUAUUGAACUAGAAUACAACUUGAUAAACAUAUUUAUUACUCAAAUACAUGAAUGCCAAAGAUCAUAUAAGGGUUAAAUGUCACAGCGGUCAGUGGGCAUUUUGAAUUUGAAAAAAAAAUAUAAAAAGUUAUAAAAUUUAGCAAAACAUAAAAGUGUACGAUGAGCUGCUGCAUGUGAAAUAUAGAGAUCAUUGGUCACAUUGCGUGACUGCUAUUUCGUUUUUUUGUGCGCAUUUUUCAAAGGUUAUAACAUUUUUCUUUUGUAAAACCGUUUAUGCGACAGAUGUGUAACUGUUUGAGAAGCUCUGCUAUGGCCUAUAUUUAGAAUUGUUCAAGACGAUUCAGUAAGCCAGGUGGGUUUGGCGGCCAUUUUGAAAACUUAGCUGUUUUUUUUUCAAAUAACUGUAAAAUCUAAAUUGCUGCACUUAAUCUGUUUCAAAUUGGUGUGUUGAUAAAUAGCUAGGGUGUGCUUUGCCACAUGCAAUACAAAGACCUUAUGUGUAUGCAUGCAAUUUUUCUCUACAUUCUAUGGCAUUUUCUUAAGCGUGGCCACCUCUUAAGAUUAAUUAGGGACUUGAUUUGGCAGUCAUUUAUAAAAAUACAAAUAUUACAGUGCAUUGUGUAAUAACUGUAAAAUAAAACUACUUUGCAAAACUCUAUGAAACCAAUGUUGUAAACGUUGAAAUCUUGUGUGUUUUGCUAUUUGCAAUGUGAAGCCAAAUAUUUUAAAAUGCAAAUCUUUGUAAUUUACUUCUAUAUAUUACUUUUCUAUGAAUGUGCUUUGUCCAUGCUCUGCCAUGAUCAAUAUGAAGACCAAAUGUCAUGAGGUCUGGUGGCCUCAUGACAUUUGUAUAAAAUGACCAAUUUUGAAAAAUCUUCUAUUUAAUUCUCUACCUGCAAUAUCUGCUCAUGUGCACUACCAGGUUUUUCUACUUGGCCACCUUCACUGGUGCUUGCAGCUAUUUAUAGUUGGCCAAGCAAUGAAGCUGCUGAACAACCUAUUGUUUUUGCUCAGAUUUAUUAUUAUGAUUAAUUUUGCACAAUAUUUAAAAAAUAAAUUCUCCAGAACCAUUUAUAUUACAGCUGUUCAAAUAGCUGUACAAGGUCAUGUUGUGACCUAGACUAUGAUUUGUUCAACAGAAGUCAGUUGUUCACAUGGUUUGGUGGCCAUUUUGGAUUGCCUAAAAUUCUUUAAACUACUUCUUCUCUGAAACUGAGUGUUGUAACAAUAUAAAAUUUACCACACAUGCCCACAUCAAGGUCAGCUACCACAAUUGUGCAGAUAUAUUAAAUAUACAAUUACUCAAAAACAUAAGUGCCAUAGGUCAUAUAGAAUAAAGUAACUAAACAGAGAGAGAAUGUUAAAGACAGGCAGCAGAACCUGAAGUUUGAUGCUCCCUCACAGACCUUCAAAGGAAAGAGAUGUACACAAUAGAACAGAUAUUGUAAUUGUGGCGCAACCUAAUAUCUCCAUAGGUCAUAUAGUAGUCAAAGGUCACAAAGAGCAGUGCCAAUUUUGUAUUUGAAAAAAUAAAAUAAACUUUGACAAAAUGUAGUGGUCUGCUGCAAACUCAUGUUUGUGAAAUAUGCAUAUCAUCAGUCACAAGGUGUGGUAGCCAUUUUGUUAUGUGUACAAAUUUAAGACGAAUUUAUAAAAGUCUUCUUUUUGGAAAAUGUUUAUGCUACAGUAACAUUUUGUUUGUAGAGCUAUAUUAUGGCCUAUAUUCAGUUUUGUUCAAGAGAAGUCAGCAAGCUAUGUGGCUUGGCAACCAUUUUGAAUUAUUAAAAAAUGGUUUAAUUCAAGUAACUGUAAAAUCAAAAUUGCUAUUUUAAAGGACCACUCUAGGCACCCAGACCACUUCAGCUUAAUGAAGUGGUCUGGGUGCCAGGUCCAGCUAGGGUUAACCCAUUUUUUCAUAAACAUAGCAGUUUCAGAGAAACUGCUAUGUUUAUGAAUGGGUUAAGCCUUCCCCUAUUUCCUCUAGUGGCUGUCUCAUUGACAGCCACUAGAGGCGCUUGCGUGCUUCUCACUGUGAUUUUCACAGUGAGAGCACGCCAGCGUCCAUAGGAAAGCAUUAUGAAUGCUUUCCUAUGAGACCGGCUGAAUGCGCGCGCAGCUCUUGCCGCGCGUGCGCAUUCAGCCCGGGGGUAACGGAGGCGGAGAGGAGGAGGAGAGCUCUCCGCCCAGCGCUGGAAAAAGGUAAGUUUUUACCCCUUUCCCCUUCCAGAGCCGGGCGGGAGGGGGUCCCUGAGGGUGGGGGCACCCUCAGGGCACUAUAGUGCCAGGAAAACGAGUAUGUUUUCCUGGCACUAUAGUGGUCCUUUAAAACUCUGUGCUCUGCCAUAUACAAUAUAAACCCAGUAUGUCUCACGGUCUGGCAACCAUAUUGAUUUAUUUGAUGAAAGUUGCUAAAUUUUAAAUAUUCUUUAAGAUUAUUGACUUCUCUGCAUGCAAUCUUUAUUUGCUGAGUUUAUCAUGCUCUCAUGCCUGGCCACCUCUUAAAGUCAAUUAAACAUGUCAUUUGACAACCAGUGUAAAAAUUACAAACAGUACGGAGUAUUGUAAAACAACUAUAAAAUUAAAGCUACUAAACUAAACUCUUUAAAAACUAAUCUUAUGGAGCUUACCCGAUUGUAGCGGGAUGAUGUAACGUUGCACACCUGCCACCGCAUUAGGAGAAAUCCAACUUUGAUCAUAGAAGUUAGUCUUUAUUAUACCAGUCUGUAUCUAGCCUCAUCGAAGCCAGCCUUAGCUAAGUACAGCCAGCUAGUCCUAGCAAACACUCUCUUACUGGAACGAUGCUACUAGCAGAGACCUUAUUUAUUUCCAACAAGGAGCUCUGCACUGGAUAGUAAGGAUCUUGAGCUUACUUGUGGGCAGGGCCGGACUGGAAACUAAAAAUUCUAUACCAGCCCCCCGAAAAUAAUGAAUAGAUAAAUAUUUACCUUUUAGAUACUAUGGUGUUUGCUGAGUAAGUGGCAGGUGGAUCCCAUCUCCCAUGCCACAGGAAGAGGCUCCACCAAUCAAGAUUGAUUUUGUCCCAUACAGCUCUUUCCAGCAGAAUUUAUGGGAUAUCUAUUUUAUUAUAUUUUAAUAUUGUGUCAGUAGAAAAAGUGAAACUCCCUCCCCCAACCAUUACAACAGGUGCACAAAAAAAAACAUAUCAGUAUUUAAGGUUUCAAAAUAUGUAAAGAAGGUACUAAGUGAAAGAGAAAGCUUGAAUAUGAAACCUACAAGUGAAAAAGAAAUACGGAGCUGGUUAGAAAUCCUAUGAUAUUUUAAUACUGUACUCCUCUUUUGUGUCACUCUCUUAUCCCUCUCUUUCUCCCCUCCUCCUGUGUCUCUCUCUUUUACCCCUCUUUCUUCCACUCCCCCUUUGUCACUCUCUUCCCCCCACACUCCCCCACUGUCUCUCUCCUCCCUCUGUUUCACUCUUCCCCCUGUGUCUCUCUCUUCUCCCUCUGUCUCUUCUCCCCCCCCCCCCACUAUUUCUCCCCUUCACGACCUCCUGAGGCUGACCUUGUAUGAAAUCAGAUCUAGAGCUGUGCUAGAACGGCAAGGACAGCAAUGUGCUGUUGUGUCUCUCUCUCGAUCAUGCUCCCUUGCAGUUUCCACAAUUCCAACAUGGACACAUCAUAGAGUAAUCACUACUCUAUGAUGUGGCCAUGCUGGGAAUUGUGGGAACUGCAAGGGAGCAUGAUAGUCAGCUCUGCCCCCUCCCUCAAUCCUCAUAUGCUGACAGCUGCACGGCUGCCAGUAUUAGAGAGCUAGGCGGCCACCCGGCCCGGCGGCACCAGCAUAGAAUGCGCCCAGCCCCCCCAGUGUGUGCCAACAGACCGGCCACCCGGUGGCACCUACAUGCGGCCCAUGGCCGUGAUGUUACUCAAGCUGGCAAUAGGGCUCCCUCUCUAUGGGAGGGAAGAAUCAGCGCUGUGCAGCCCCAGGUGCCGCGGCCCACCGGGAAAUUUCCUGGUAUCCCGGUGGGCAAGUCUGGCUCUGCUUAUGGGAGUUGCGGGAUGCUUCUGCAUGCCUCGGAGCCAACUGCAGAGAUUUCCUUUUUCCAAUCAACUAUUUGGUGCUGGUCUCAUGGUAACCAGUUAUUUUGGUCAUGUAUGAAUUUUCUGCUUAAGUAAACGGAAUAUGUACAGCUGUAAUUUGGCUGGUUAAAUAAAUCACAGCUCAGGAACAGCUGCAGACUGCACUAACAACAGCAGGCACAUGACCUAAAUUGGAUGAAAUUAGGCAAUGGCUUUUUAAAAGUAAUAUAUGUAAAGAUUUGGUCUGGAAACUUAUAAAUACAUACAAAAUUUGUAAAACUAUUCAAAUAUUUCAAUACUUUACUGGAGCAAUAUAUACUCUGUAGAAGAUAUGCAGAUAGUGAGUGCUUUGUGUUCCUCAAAAAUAUAUAGAGGGUCGUGUUAGAUUAUGCGUGAUGCUAUAAGGACGUAACGCACCCAAGUAAGUAAGGAGCAAGCGGAGGAAAAGCGACAAUGGCAAAAGCCAACUAAUUUACCUCAAAACGAAGAAGUGGCAAAGUGAGCAAACGUUAGGGUGAGGAGUGCGGAGUACGACGAUGAAACGUCAUGAAGUUAGAGAUCUGAUUGAGAGUAGGAGCAUACCAAGAAGUGAGUCCCAGAAAGCAUGGAUAUAUUACAUCCACUGGAGAGACAGAGAUGCAAUUGUAAGUUGGAGGGGACCUCAAAGAGAGCUCAAAGGGCUUAAGGUUGUGAGUACAAAUAUUCUCUACAGCAGAGUAAUCAGACUGUUAAAAAAUAAGCUGUAAUUGCCAUAUACAUUAAACUGGUAUAAUCUAAACAGAAAGGAAUCCAACAAACUUGACUAAUAGUUCAAAUCACUGAUUAAACCACCAGGAGACUUACAGCAGAUUCAC